CACUGGUUCUAACGGCGCUGAAAAUUAGACGAUUUAAGUGUUUGGAGCUCGUUUCUGAGGUGUUAUAUACAGUUGUUGGUACUGUUUUAACCCGCGUACUUUAAAAAGUUUUUGAGAAAGUGCUUAAUUUAAGUUUUAAGCAUUAUUUCGUUCGCUGUUGCCGUUAGCAACCUAGCACUCGGUUGCCCCUAACAACCGAGAGGAAGCUAAACAAACAGCAGUUAGCAUCGUGUUGGUUCUUAAUGGGGGACGAGGUGAGAAGAGGAGACGAAGAGGAGCGCGGGCCAGGUGCAGCUCACCAGGUGUUUGUGAAGAUGGAGGCUCUGAUGGAGAAGUUAAAGGUGUUAAACUACGAGGAUGAAGUUCUGACCAAACACAACAUGAAGAACCUGUCCAGACAUUACUUUGUCUCCAGUCCGUAUCUGGGGUUGAACCCAGGCGAGCAGUUCUACAUGUUCACCAUCAUCUCAGCGUGGCUCAUCAACGCAGCGGGGAGGCCGUUCACCGAGCCGCAGGAGUACGACGAACCCAACGCCACCGUGUCCAACAUCCUGGCAGAGCUCCGGGCGUUCGGCGUUAAGGUGGACUUCCCGCCCUCCAAACUGAAGUCGGGAUCGGGAGAAUACGUCUGCUUCGUGUUGGACCAGCUGGCUGACAAAGCUCUGAGCAGGAGAGGGUUCUCCUUCAGAAGGCCAAACUACCCGACAGAAACCACAGAAGAAGAGUCAGUAAUGGAGGACGACGCGGAGCUCACACUCAGCAGAGUGGAGGAGGAGAUGAUCGAGGAGCCUGAUGAGGACGAGGAGAACGUGAUGGACCUGGAGGCUCUGAAGUUAAGAACCACUCACACUGAAGCUGACGCGUCCUCCAAACCGGACGAGAUUCUGGAGUCGACGGUGGAUGCAGCAGAGUGGAGCCUGGAGGUGGAGAGAGUCCUGCCGCAACUCAAAGUCACCGUCAGGACCGACAACAAGGACUGGAGGAUCCACGUGGACCAGAUGCAUCAACACAGAGACGGGAUCAAGUCCUCGCUCAAGGACACCAAGAGCUACCUGGACAAACUGCAGGAGGACAUCGGUAAGACUCUAGAGAAGGUGGGCAGCAGAGAGAAAUACAUCAACAACCAGCUGGAGCAUCUGAUCCAGGAGUACCGCAGCGCUCAGGCCAAACUCAGCGAGGCUAAGGAGCGCUACCAGCAGGCCAGCGGAGGAGUGACUGAGAGGACCAGAGUCCUGGCAGAGAUCAGCGACGAGCUGGAGAAGGUGAAGCAGGAGAUGGAGGAGAAAGGCAGCAGCAUGUCGGACGGAGCUCCGGUGGUGAAGAUCAAGCAGAGUCUGACCAAGCUGAAGCAGGAGAUCGUUCAGAUGGACGUGCGGAUCGGCGUCGUCGAGCACACGCUGCUGCAAGCCAAACUCAGAGAGAAGUCCAACAUGACGCGCGACAUGCACGCCACCAACAUCCCCGAACCCGCCACAGGGGCCUUCUCAUAGGUAUACCUGCACAGAGGGGCCCUUCUCUUAUGGAAUACCUGCACAGAGGGGCCCUUCUCUUAUGGAAUACCUGCACACAGGGGCCCUUCUCUUAUGGAAUACCUGCACACAGGGGCCCUUCUCGCUGUUAUACCUGCACGCAGGGGCCCUUCUCUUAUGGAAUACCUGCACACAGGGGCCCUUCUCGCUGUUAUACCUGCACACAGGGGCCCUUCUUAUGGAAUACCUGCACACAGGGGCCCUUCUCGCUGGUAUACCUAAACACAGGGGCCCUUCUCUUAUGGAAUACCUGAACACAGGGGUCCCUCUCGCUGGUAUACCUGCACACUGGGGCCCUUCUCUUAUGGAAUACCUGAACACAGGGGCCCUUCUCGCUGGUAUACCUAAACACAGGGGCCCUUCUCUUAUGGAAUACCUGAACACAGGGGCCCUUCUCGCUUGUAUACCUAAACACAGGGGCCCUUCUCUUAUGGAAUACCUGAACACAGGGGCCCUUCUCGCUGGUAUACCUAAACACAGGGGCCCUUCUCUUAUGGAAUACCUGAACACAGGGGCCCUUCUCGCUUGUAUACCUAAACACAGGGGCCCUUCUCUUAUGGAAUACCUGAACACAGGGGCCCUUCUCCCUCCACCUGUCUCCUUCCUCUCUCACCUGAACUUUGAAGUGUUGAGCAUCUUAACUUUGGAACCUUUUAACAGGCGAGAAUCAAAUUUAAAAACGGAACCCAGCCUCGUCACACGGUUUCAAACCUGUGCUAUAUUUAACAAACAUUGUUCGCACGCUGUCCUGUCCAUGAACAUGAACUUGUAAAGAUGUUAACAUUUGAACAUUUCAUGGAUUUGACUCGUCCUGAAUGUUUCUUAUUUAUUCCUUGCCUUCAAUUCUUAGUAAAUUAUUUUUUCUCUGUAUUUUUGUCGUUAUGAAGGUCGAAUAAAUGUUGUUGCAAAGAAUA